CAGCCCCAGGAAAUUGGUACCAGUGUUAUCCUCAUGGUACGUGAAGGAUACUGAGACUUAGGUUGUGUAGCUUGCGGGUUGGACACACUUCUUUCGGACUGCUGGAGAGCUGUGCUUUUAACCACCUCUGAUCCAGCUUGUUUUCCCCAGAUGCAGGCCUGGGGUAGUCUCCUGUCUGGACUGAGAAGAGAAUGGAGAAGAGCCCCUUCCCAUUAGUGCCUUUGCAUUGGUUUGGCUUUGGCUACGCAGCACUGGUUGCUUCUGGUGGGAUUAUUGGCUAUGUAAAAGCAGGCAGCGUGCCGUCCCUGGCUGCGGGGCUGCUCUUCGGCAGCCUAGCCGGCUUGGGUGCUUACCAGCUGUCUCAGGAUCCAAGGAACGUUUGGGUUUUCCUAGGUAUGUCUGCUUCAGUGUCUCCUUAGGGCAGCUGUGUUUCCAGAAUACUCUUUUCCAAACGACCCUGGUUUGGUGGGAUGGGGUGAGUUCUUCACACUUAACCUAUGACAGUUUCACUUCUUCUACCAAGUCCUCAGAAAGUUUUAAAAUGAGGGUGCAGAGGCAGGAUUUGUGCUGGUUUCUGUUUAUCUUUUAUGUACAGAACAUGGAAGGAUUUCCAUACCUCGUGAAUGUAUUUACCCAGUAGCAUUAAACUUCUAUAAGGCAAAUGUGUCAGCCGGUGAGGUUGCCCAUGGAAGACCACUGGCCUCAGCAUCCCUAAAACAUCACACAUCUGGGUUAGGUUUGCAUCCGAGUUGCAAUUUCUCCAUUUGAAAAUCACCUCUUUAGCAGUUAGCUAAAUGUGACUGCUCACACCAGUAAUCCCAGCACUUUGGAAGGCCGAGGUGAGCAGAUCACAAGGUGAGGAGUUCAAGACCAGCCUACCCAAUAUGGUGAAACUCCGU